UUUAUGUUUUAACAGGGGGGGGGCAAUCACUUUUUCACACAGGGCCAUGUGUGUCUCUCGCUCUCUCACACACCCGCUUCUCUCACACACGUGACCCCCUGCUGGUCCAGUAACAGGACUGUGCUUGUCUCUACAGGGUUACUGGGGUUGUGCCAUCGGGAAAGCAAAACAAGCUGCAAAGACAGAGAUCGAAAAACUGGGGAUGAAGGAGAUGACCUGCAGGGAGCUCGUCAAAGAGGUCGCCAAAAUAAUCUACAUCGUUCAUGACGAAGUGAAGGACAAAGCCUUCGAGUUGGAGCUCAGCUGGGUGGGAGAAGUGACGAACGGACGACAUCAACUGAUUCCUGAAGAUGUGAGACAGGAAGCUGAGAAGUACGCAAAGGUGAGACUACACUCCUCCUACUACGACUACUACUCUCCUACUACUACGCUCCAAACCUACUACCACUGCUACGCUCCAAACCUACUACCACUGCUACGCUCCAAACCUACUACCACUGCUACGCUCCAAACCUACUACUACUACUAC